CCGCCCCCAGCGCGCCGCUUCCGGGGGCUUGAGGGAACUGCGCUGACGGGCAGCUCGGCCACCGCGGACGCGUCCCGUGCACUCACCAGCCGAGAGUUGGUCUGGCCCGGGCAGGUCCGCAAGGCGGCGGCUGGAGAGGGAGCCAUGGGGACGGUGCACGCCCGGAGUUUAGAGCCUCUUCCGUCAAAUGGGCCUGAUUUUGGAGCAUUAGGUGAAGAAGCCGAAUUUGUUGAAGUUGAACCUGAAGCUAAACAGGAAAUAUUGGAAAACAAAGACGUGGUAGUUCAGCAUGUUCACUUUGAUGGCCUUGGAAGGACUAGGGAUGACAUCAUCAUGUGUGAAAUUGGAGAUGUUUUUAAGGCUAGAAACCUUAUUGAGGUGAUGAGGAAGUCUCACGAAGCCCGCGAGAAGUUGCUUCGUCUGGGGAUCUUUAGACAAGUGGACGUCUUGAUCGACACCUGUCAAGGUGAUGAUGCGCUGCCCAAUGGGUUAGACGUCACCUUUGAAGUGACUGAGCUGAGGAGGUUGACGGGCAGCUACAACACCAUGGUGGGGAACAACGAGGGCAGCAUGGUGCUCGGCCUCAAACUCCCUAAUCUCCUAGGACGAGCAGAAAAAGUGACUUUUCAGUUUUCUUAUGGAACAAAGGAAACUUCCUACGGCCUGUCCUUCUUCAAACCACAGCCUGGAAACUUUGAGAGAAAUUUCUCUGUAAACUUAUAUAAAGUUACCGGGCAGUUCCCGUGGAGCUCACUUCGGGAGACAGACAGAGGAGUGUCCACAGAGUACAGUUUUCCCAUAUGGAAGACCAGCCACACUGUCAAGUGGGAGGGCGUGUGGCGGGAGCUCGGCUGCCUCUCCAGGACGGCGUCUUUCGCGGUGCGGAAAGAAAGUGGGCAUUCGCUGAAGUCGUCCCUUUCACACGCCAUGGUCAUCGACUCUCGGAAUUCCUCCAUCUUGCCCAGAAGAGGCGCCCUGCUGAAGGUGAACCAGGAACUGGCUGGCUAUACUGGCGGGGACGUGAGCUUCCUCAAAGAAGACUUCGAGCUUCAGUUGAAUAAGCAGCUCGUGUUGGAUUCGGUGUUCUCAGCCUCUCUCUGGGGUGGAAUGUUGGUGCCUGUUGGUGAGAAGCCAUCGAGCAUUGCCGACAGGUUCUACCUCGGAGGACCCACCAGUGUCCGUGGAUUCAGCAUGCACAGCAUCGGGCCCCAGAGCGAAGGGGACUACCUGGGAGGAGAGGCCUACUGGGCUGGUGGCCUGCACCUGUACACCCCGUUGCCCUUCCGGCCAGGCCAGGGCGGCUUCGGAGAACUUUUCAGAACCCACUUCUUCCUGAACGCGGGAAACCUCUGCAACCUCAACUAUGGGGACGGUCCCAGAGCCCACAUUCGCCAGCUGGCGGAGCGCAUCCGCUGGUCGUACGGAGCGGGCCUCGUCCUCAGGCUCGGCAACAUCGCUCGCCUAGAGCUCAACUACUGCAUCCCCAUGGGAGUGCAGCGGGGUGACAGGAUAUGUGACGGUGUGCAGUUUGGAGCUGGGAUACGGUUCCUGUAGCUGGCGCACCCUCCAGAGUACCUUGGGGACACAGGCCACUGGAGUCACCCGUGCCACACGCCUUCUCAGGGGGACAGUCAAGGGUCUUGGGCCACGGCUCUGCUGGAAAACCAUGCCAAUAAAUUUUAAAGACAAACA